CAAACCCCCUACCCUUUUUCCUUCUCCUUUGAUGCUGCAUCGAGACACACAUAAACACACAUACAAAAACCCUCUCAAACUUUUCCCCCUGAUCAGUGUCAACUAGAAAUAAAUCAAAGGAAGAAUAUUUUGUUUUGUUGUUACAACAAUCAACUAACAAGAACUUUCGACAUCACCAUCUUCAUCUAAUUCAUCUCUUUUCAAGAACAUUAAAUUGGUUUUGGAUAACGUGGAGAAUUGACUGUCGAUCUUCUCAAGCACUUAGAUUGCUAAGACUUAUCAUGUUGGACGGAGCUAGCUCUUAUGCUGUUGUUCCUGGUACUCCUCGAGUUCUUGUGGUAGCUAACUCUAUUCCCAGUGUUCCUAACUCUUCUAAAGAGGAACCAAUGGAGGCUUCGGGCAAUGAAUCUCGCCCUAUUAAUCUGGUAUCAUCGUCCAGUGAAUCUGGAAAUGAGCAUGUGUCUAUCCAUGUUCAACCACCUCUGUCACUGGUAGCUCCAUAUCAGAGGAGAACUACCGAGGGAGCUCGUCUGCCUUAUACUCCUCGAGAUCCUAAUGCUCCUGGUCCUUCUGCACCAGUCCAGGACAACCUUGGGUUUGGUCCUUCAUUCUUCCUGGGCGAUCCGUAUGCUGCGGGUCCCUCCAGAGUGCCUGUUUACAACCCCAAUCUUGUUAUGCCCGUUGCAACUGAAGCUCAUAGGUCGGAAUAUGCUCUCCGACAAAUGUCAAGGAUGAACAACUCUCUCAUCCGUACUAGAGAGGCUAUUGAGAAUCAAGCUCAAGGAUUGACUGGAGCUUAUCAGCAUGCUUCUGAUGCUAUGACAGUUGCUAGGGAGGAGAAGGAGAGUGCUUCUGAUGCUAUGACUGUCGCUAGGGAGGGGAAGGAGACUAUCUGGACUGCGAUAUGGAUACUAUCAGUCUUGGUGGUUUUGGUCAUUGUAACAAAUGUGGUUCUUGACUCUUUGACUAUGUGUAUUUUUGACUAAGUAUUAGUUAAUCAAUAUAUGUACUAGUGCAAUUUAAGGUUCAAUUGAGUGCAA